AUGGAGUUGCUCGACUCAUGUCCGGACCCUGCCGCAGUGCAGGAGGCCAGGCUGGCCCAGCUUCAGAAGCUGUGGCGAUUGCACACCUUCACACCGGUACACAGACGCCAGAAGCUUGCUGACGCGCAGGUGUUCCACUACAAGUGGGUCGACAAGGUGAAGGAGGGCACGGUGAAGUCGCGAUUCACCUGUGCUGACGUUAAGCGAGCCUACACGGAAGAACAGGAGCAGGACCUGCGAGUCUUUGUUCCGACUCCGACUCCUGAGGCGCACGCCCUGCUGGAGAUCACGGCGUUGCAGAAAGGUUGCGCCACGCGCUCCUUCGACAUCGUCGCGGCUUUUCUCAUAGGGCAAGACCGUGGAGCGCAACAGGAGAAGUGGGUCUACGUGCGACCCCCUCCAGAAUGGAGGCCCAUCUGGAAGGAAUGGGUGCGAGCACAGCCGCCAGAGCAGCAGCCCAACCUCUGGGAGAGUUUCGACCAGAUGCUCUUCAGACUAGAUGGCAACCUCUAUGGGAGGAGGACCGCAGGCUCGGUUUACCGAGACGAGCUGGAAGAGCUUCUCUGCGUCAAGCUCAAGGAGACGGGACGCUACGACUUUAGGCGUGGGGUCAAAGACCCGUGCGUCUACAGACGCCUCAAGACAGGCAUUGUCAUAGUGCACCAUAUCGAUGAUGGGAGGUGUGCGGGCGACGCCGCCGCCCUAGAUAGGUUGCUUGACGAGGAUCUCUGUGCCCACUGUGAAAUCACCACCGGACCCCUUGAGGCCGAAGGUGUUUCAGUCGAGGUUGUAGGUAAGACCAAGACCCGACUACCUGGGUGUAUCCUCACAGCUCCGGACCCGAAGCACGCGGAGAACAUCAUCAAGGCCUUGGGCCUGAAGCCAGGUGAGAAGUCGCCGGUACCCUCCAGAAAACCCGACCUGAGUGACACCACUCCCCUGGAAGCGGGAGACGCCGCCAGGUACCGAUUAGCAGUGGGCUCGGGGAUUUAUCUCUCGGCCCACCGCCGGGAUAUCCACUACGCGGUCAAAGAGCUCGCUCGCCACAUGUCUGCGCCAAGGCGCUGUGACAUGAACCAGGCCCAGAUGCUUGGCAGGUACCUGAAGCAGAACCCUUCCUUGGUGAGGGUGACAGCCCUUGAUCCCGGAGCCCACGACGGGACGCUCCAGCUGUCUUUUGUGACAGCGAUUGGGCAGGCUGCGCUCGGUGGGGCGGUCGUGACCACAGCGACCCAGACCCAGCCGGGACUGCCGGCGACAAGCAGCCCAGACGCCGAGCUCCGCGGUAUAAGCCGCGCCUGCCGGGAGGCCCUUUUCGUCCACGAACUGGCGACUCUGGACUUUGGACUCGAGGUCGAAAUCCCGAGAAUCUGGAGUGACAGCAGCACCGGGAUCACGGCAGCCAAGCGGAUCGGCCCAGGCACAAAGCUGAGACACCUUGAUGUGUCAGAAUUCUAUGUGCAAGGGGCCGUUCAGGCCGGAAAGGCCUUGCUAAGAAAAGUGAAAGGCACAGAGAACCCGGCGAACUUCCUCACGAAGCACGCCAAGACAGGCAACGAGGUUGCGCAGGCUUUGCCAUCCCUUGCCAUGGUGGACCCCACCUUGGUUGCGGGAGCCUCCGCUGCGGAACGGCACUCGGUGAAGCUUGUGCGGGAAAACCCGCCUAGUCAGUGGAAGCCGGUUCUCCCUUUCACGCCGACGAUAGCCAUCGUCAACGCCAUUUUGGCAGACCAAAGAGUGAGGGCACAGCCACGUGAAGAGGAGAUCAUCCAAUGGGCCGUGCAGGCGACCAUGCUGCUGGGUAUCCUUACCUGGUUGGAUAUCCUGUGGUUUGUGGUAAGAACGGUGACCGGGUGGUGCAGCCGAGCGCUGCGACAGCUGAGGCAGCCGACAGGCCGGCAGCCAGAAGAGGAGCCCUCGGAACCCACGGAGGAACCCGAGGAGGAGCUGCCAGAAGAACCCGGGGGCGAAGAAGUCCCGGAUGAGGUGGCCGCGCCACCAGUAGCAGUCGAAGAAUGUCGAAGACCUCUUCCGCGCUCCGGCGCGGGCGGCUCCGCCUAG